GCCAGACAUUGUUGUAGACGCCCUUGUCAACUACUCCUGUCCUAAGCCGAUCAGCUGAACAAAUCAAGAUGGUAAGUUAACACAGUAUUUAGAUUUAGGAAUAUCAUUCAUAUAUUAUAUAUAUAUAUAUAUAUAUAUAUAUACAUAUAUAAAUUUAUUAUAUGUAGUAACAAAUGCAAAAACGUCUUGUAUUAUCAGACUUGAAAAAUAUUGUGAUGGAAAAUAGCAGAGAAGCGUUGUUAAAGUGAACAAACACAGUGUCCAGAUUUGAUGGUGACACAAUCUCCAUAGUGUGAUGUCAUAAUGACACAAUCUCGAUAGUGGGGUGUUAUGACGAGUAAGAUGACACAACUGAUGAGAUGUGAUCAUGGCCAAGUGUAAAUUGUCAUACACCUCAUAGCACUUUUGCAGUUUAUUUGUUCUAAAUUAUUUUUGUUCGGGCGCCAGGGUUGACUAGAUACCCUCAAAGUGAAAUGGUGAACAAUGUUGUCGGAUGUCAUUUGUGGUAGUUCAUUUUAGUUAGACGGAAGAAGUAAGUUUACAAACACGUAGUCCAUUCAGUUAUAGCUUUCAUUUGAUGCCUCAUUUUGUCGUACAAACCCAACAAUAAUAUUUUUAAUAGUUUUUUUUUUUUUUUUAUUCCCAACCGCUCACUUCUGGUACCCUGGUACGAAUAGUCACAUCGAUAUAUAUAUAUUUUUUUUUUUAUCAAAUAAAACUUUUCAUCUCAGUUUAUCAAAUAUUUGUUUCGCAUAAGCUUAACAAUUUUCUUUUUUUGUAAAUUCGCAAGUCCCGUUUUGUUCAAACAUAACCAACGAUGAUGAAUUUAUGGAUGUAAGAUAAGUGGGGUAUAAGUUGGUCAGAAACUGAUAGCAAGAAUGGUGGCCGACAAUUGGUCACAAAGUCCACCUAAAUAAAUCUUAACUCGAAUAAAUCUGACAAAUACUGAAUUCAUUAGAUUCACUGCAUUGAAACAUUUCAGCAGAUGACCUAUUUACUUAAUUCCUCAGAUCCAGAUCAAAGCUGUGUUGGCCGUGGCCAUGGUAACAGUCGUAGUGAUGCUCCAGUCAACGUCGGCUAUACGUAAGUGCGACUCCCUAAUCCAGUGGUUCUCAAAAGUUUUCAUCUGAAAGCUCCAAUGGAACCACAUUCUCAACCUUGACCCCACCCCCCCCCCUUCUCUUUUUUUUUCUCCUUAAAGCCAUUUGAAAGUGCGAGCUCAAGCCACUCACCAAGGGAGGUAAUAAUAAGUCAUAAUUUUUAAAAUGAAGUUUCAGUGUGGCUUGUAUUUGAAUAUAUUAAACAAUGAUCACAUCGCAAACGAAGCUUUAAUUUGUUUAAAAUUAACUUAGUAAAUGAACCAUUUCAAUGUUUUCAGUGAUAUUUGAAGAUUUAUGAAGUAGACUAAUUGCCGAGCAAGAUUUUAAGAUACAUAUUAUCUUCAAAACCCUUUAUCCUUGUUGAGAUGAUUGUAAAAAAAACAAAAAAAAACUGGUAUCACAAUCUGUUCUGAGGUUAUUCUGCAGAACUCCAAAAUCCCCCCCCCCCCCCCCGAGCUGCUAUUUUAUUUUGAGUUAAGGAAGUAGGAGGGGGCUCUCUUUAAAAUCAUGUUCCGUAAGGGGGGGGUGGAGGGGGGCUCAUUAAAAUCAUAUGCCACCAAGCACAAAAUGCCAAAAAAGUGUCAUCUUAUCUUAUGGCCAGCUCCCACGGCAAAGUACAACGAUAAGAGUUCGCUACGUCUGGCCAAAAACUCUUGUUACCACAUCUUCAACUUUAGCGUCCGUUUCGUAACAACUUUCACCUCAACUAGUUUCAUCGUCACCAAAUCAAAGUGUCUCAGUGUCUUCAAAUAUCAUUUAUCGUGCACUGUGGAUUUCAAUUUACAGAAGAUAUUCAGAGUCUGCAUUCUUAACUUUGUAUUGCACAGUCAAACAAACGUGGAGAUGAUCUCAUAGCUAAAUACGACUUUGGAAUUUGGCACAUUUGGCGUCUCCUAUUUGGGCUUAAAGGGUUAAUUCUGAUAGUAAUGAAGGGAAACUUUGAUUUUAAUAAAUUUCCCAUUUUCUCGAACUGAACCUUCAUCUCCUGAAACUAGUAAAAUUUCUAACUAAUUAGGCAAAUUGCGUGCCACUUAUUUGAUGGUAAGGCGAGCUCUUCAGCGAUAUUAUUUGACUUUCCAGAUUGACAACAAUAAAAAAAAAAAGAGAAAAUGUUAAUUGAUGCCAUCUGUUUUUCUUACGGGAACCAUUGUAAACACUCAUUACCGUAUUCGGCUCAUUGGUCAAGGCUUGUUACUAACUAUUGCUUGCUAUCCCACCGCACCCAGUGGGCAGUACUUCCCAAGUUGAGAGCCUCUGAUCCAACCUGUGAACCAAUCGCUAGGCUUCCAAACAUAUUCUUCACGUAUACCGAAUAAGAAUAAAAUGGAUAAUUAUUAUAAAAAUUGUUGCAAUUCAUUGAUUAUGUUAAAGAGGUACUAAUCUGAAAACUAUAUAUAUAUAUACACUGUGCUUACUUAACUAAUACAUGAGGUGCAUUAGGCCCAACGAUAUGCUCAUCUCCUUAGCAGAUGUUUUGAACUAUUGCCACGUUCAUCUCGCUGUUUCUAGUUUUGUAUGUGUGUGUAGUUACAACUACCGUAGUUAGAGCUACCGUAGUUAGAGCUAUCGUAGAGCUACCAUAGUUACAGCUACCCUAGUUAGAGCUACCGUAGUUACAGCCAACCUAGUUAGAGCUACCGUAGUUAGAGCUAUCAUAGAGCUACCGUAAUUACAGCUACCCUAGUUAGAGCUACCGUAGUUACAGCUACCUUAUAUAGUUAGAGCUAUCGUAGAGCUACCAUAGUUACAGCUACCCUAGUUAGAGCUACCGUAGUUACAGCUACCCUAGUUAGAGCUACCGUGGUUAGGGCUACAUUACUUGGAACUACCGAAUUCAUUUCAUUAACGUGAUGUAUAGAAGAUUGUUGAAACCAGUCCAAUGUUGUUAUUGACUAAAAAGUAAAUCUGUUACGAUUCCAUUGACAUUAUUUUCCUCUUUGACAGCGUUCAACCGCCCCUAUGCGCCCCAGGGCGUCCGUCUAACGGUGCACCCACCAGUAUCAGGUAAUUUUCUACUCUUUGGUUACUAAUGAUUAAAUAGAAAUAAUUUCUCUCACAUAAUGUGCUGACACAAUUUAAAAAAAAAAUUUAAAUCUUGGCGUUAUUGUGAUAUUCUUAGAAGAUACGACCUAUAGACAAUAGUUUAUUUUGAAGAUACAAUAUAUAGACAAUGGUUUAGUUUGAAGAUACAAGAUAUAGACAAUAGUUUAGUUUGAAGAUACAAGAUAUAGACAAUAGUUUAGUUUGAAGAUACAAAUUAUAGACAAUAGUUUAUUUUGAAGAUACAAGUUAUAGACAAUAGUUUAUUUUGAAGAUACAAGAUAUAGACAAUAGUUUAGUUUGAAGAUAGGACAUGUAGACAAUGGUUUUGUUUGAAGAUAGGACAUGUAGACGAUGGUUUUGUUUGAAGAUAGGACAUGUAGACAAGGUUUGUUAAAAGAAACAAAAUAUAAACCUUUUGUUUUUCUCUUUAAAUAAUUUAUAAACAAUUAUAAACAAUGAAAUCAAAAAAAGGUUUGUAAAUGUUGAGCAUUAAAUCCAAUUACCCAUUUUUCAAUUAAUUUUCAAGGUGCUGAUAUCCAAAUAGCCAGAGGUAACGCAAUCCAUCCAUUCGUGAAUCCAGGGAUAGUCCCGGUCGAUGGAUACAUCAUCUCAGAUAGUGAAUACUACGGUGGGGGCAUCCAUGGGGGCAUCGGUGGGCCCGUUGUUGCCUACCACAACGACAUUGGACCUCGUUACGUUAAAUACGACAAACCAGACUUGGAUUAUGUCCAUUGUAAGUGGAUUUUGUGGAUAUAGAGGUGAUGGAUGGGGUGCAAAGAUGAUGUGAGAGAUGUGAUGGAAGGGGAUACAGAGGUGAUGGGAGGGGAUAUUGAGGUGAUGGAAGAUAUAGAGGUGAUGGGGAUAUAGGGGUGAUGGAAGGGGAUACAGAGGUGAUGGGAGGGGAUACAGAGGUGAUGGGAGGGGAUACAGAGGUGAUGGAAUAUAUUCAGAGGUGAUGGGAGGGGAUACAGAGGUGAUGGGAGGGGAUACAGAGGUGAUGGGAGGGGAUACAGAGGUGAUGGAGUAUAUUCAGAAGUGAUGGGAGGGGAUAUUGAGGUGAUGUUGGGAUAUAGAGGUGAUAGGGAAAUAGAGGUGAUGAAGGGAUAUAGUGGUGAUAAAUGGAAAAUAUUUAAGGAGAUGAGAUAGAAAAGGUAAAUGUAGACAUAAAGGAGCAAUAAAGGUGAUAAUGGUGAUAAAGGUGACAUAAUUGAACUAUAUAAUUGGAUAGGUGACCAAUAAAGGUGAUCUAUGUGAUAUAUGAAGGUGAUAUAGGUUUACAACAUAUGUGAUAUAUGUGGAAAAUAUAGGUGAAAUAUAUUGCUUAAAAGGUGAUGGAAGUGAUAUGCAAAGGUGUGAUAUAUAAAGGUGAAAUAUGUGACAAGAACGGCGCUAUAGUUGAUUUAUAACGUGAUAUAGGUGAUCUGUCAUGGUGAUGUGGGUGAUCUAUAAUGGGGAUACAGAUGAUCUGUCAUGGUAAUAUAGGUGAUCUAUAAGGCUGAUAAAGAUGAUCAUAUAACUUAUCUAUAAAUGAAAUGAAGUAGAUAGACAUAGAGAGGAAUUAAGAGAUAUAUUACGAUAUUAUUUAUCUAUUAUAUACUAUAUAAAGUAGCAUUGUGUUAUGGUGAUAGAUGGCACUGUGAGGAGAUUUAGAUGAAGUUUAAUUUAAACUUAAAAUAUAUAACUGUGCGUUUUUAUUUUUUCAACAAGUUCUAAGACAAAUGUCUGAUUGACGUCACCGUACCUCUCAGUGUCUUACAGAAACUUAUCAUUUCACUACGACAAUAAUUAUUAAUAUUAUUUUUUCCAGACGGCCAUCCCGCAGGAGAUGUCUAUUAAUGAAAAUGUAUCCAUGUGACCAACGGAUGCUGGUAAGUGACCAAUGAAGUGACCAUUGUAGUGUCCAGUGUAGUGACCAUUGAAGACACCAUUGUAGGGGGACCUUUUUAGUGACCACUGUAGUGACCAUCGUAAGGUCCAUUGUAGAGACCUUUGUAGUGACCAUCGUAAGGUCCAUUGUAGAGACCUUUGUAGUGACCAUCGUAAGGUCCAUUGUGAGACCUUUGUAGUGACCAUCGUAAGGUCCAUUGUAGAGACCUUUGUAGUGACCAUCGUAAGGUCCAUUGUGAGACCUUUGUAGUGACCAUCGUAAGGUCCAUUUUGAGACCUUUGUAGUGACCAUCGUAAGAUCCAUUGUGAGACCUUUGUAGUGACCAUCGUAAGGUCCAUUGUGAGAUCUUUGUAGUGACCAUCGUAAGGUCCAUUGUAGAGACCUUUGUAGUGACCAUCGUAAGGUCCAUUGUGAGACCUUUGUAGUGACCAUCGUAAGGUCCAUUGUGAGACCUUUGUAGUGACCAUCGUAAGGUCCAUUGUGAGACCUUUGUAGUGACCAUCGUAAGGACCAUAGUAGUGAGCAUUGACGAAAACAUUGUAGUGACCAUUUUAGUCACCACUGUAGACAUCAGUGUAGUGACCAUUGUAGUCACCACUGUAGACAUCAAUGUAGUGACCAUUGUAGUCACCACUGUAGACAUCAGUGUAGUGACCAUUGUAGUCACCACUGUAGACAUCAGUGUAGUGACCAUUUUAGUUACCACUGUAGACAUCAGUGUAGUGACCAUUGUAGUCACCACUGUAGGCAUCAGUGUAGUGACCAUUGUAAGGUCCAUUGUAACGACCAUUAUAGUAAUCUACUCUAAUUGUUCACAUUGCACAAAUAAAAUGACUGUUCGAGUUGAAGAAUGUUAAAACUACAAUUUCAGAUGAUGUUAACAUUAUGUUAAAUUAAAAAAAAAAUGAAAAUUUUUUUUUGUACUUCGUAUUAACAGUCCUGGGCCCUGGGCCCUGGGGCCUGGACCUGCUUGAUGAUUGUUUGACAUAUCGUUACACCUCUCUUUCAGGCAUCCAAGCAGAACAUGAUAAACAACGUAGCAAGCAGAACAUGACAAACAACGUAGCAAGGAGAACAUGAUAAACAACGUAGCAAGGAGAACAUGAGAAACACCGUAGCAAGGAGAACAUGAUAAACAACGUAGCAAGGAGAACAUGAGAAACACCGUAGCAAGCAGAACAUGAGAAACACCGUAGCAAGCAGAACAUGAUAAACAACGUAGCAAGCAGAACAUGAUAAACAACGUAGCAAGCAGAACAUGAUAAACAACGUAGCAAGCAUAACAUGAUAAACAACGUAGCAAGCAGAACAUGAUAAACACCGUAGCGAGCAGAACAUGAUAAACACCGUAGCAAGCAGAACAUGACAAACAACGUAGCAAGGAGAACAUGAGAAACACCGUAGCAAGCAGAACAUGAUAAACAACGUAGCAAGCAGAACAUGAUAAACAACGUAGCAAGCAGAACAUGAUAAACAACGUAGCAAGCAUAACAUGAUAAACAACGUAGCAAGCAGAACAUGAUAAACACCGUAGCGAGCAGAACAUGAUAAACACCGUAGCAAGCAGAACAUGAUAAACAACGUAGCAAGCAGAACAUGAUAAACACCGUAGCAAACACAACAUGAGAAACAACGUAGCAAGCAGAACAUGAGAAUGAAAGUUUGAACCGCCACGUGGUAGAGCAAAUUAUUGACGGAACAGCCAGACGUCUCUAAAAGAUCACCCUCAACCCAGCUACAACACAUUUAAUAUCAGCCGUGACGUCAUGGAGCUGUGACGUGGACAUUGGUUAUUUCCCCUUGAGACUGGCACGGUUAGAUCACGAUGACGUCAUGAGUCGGGAGGUUGACCUAGAAGUCGGCACCCACGAGCGUGACGUCAUGAAAUGUUCAUUAAUUUCAGGGAAAUAAUAAAGACACUC